AUGUCAUCUCAAAACGACAAAUACGCUACUCCAUUGUCUUCUCGUUACGCUUCAGACGAAAUGUCUGCUGUCUUCAGUUUAAGAAAUAGGUUUUCUACCUGGAGAAAAUUAUGGUUAAACUUGGCUAUUGCAGAAAAGGAAUUGGGUUUAACUGUGAUUACUGAUAAAGCUAUAGAACAAAUGCGUGCUCAUUUGGAAAUCACCGAUGAGGAAAUUGUUGCUGCAUCCAAGCAAGAAGCUAUCGUCAGACACGACGUUAUGGCUCAUGUCCAUGUUUUUGGUCAAACAUGUCCCGAAGCCGCUGGUAUUAUUCAUUUGGGUGCUACUUCUUGUUUUGUCACAGAUAAUGCCGAUUUAAUAUUUUUAAGAGACGCUUAUGACAUUGUUAUACCCAAAUUAGUUAAUGUCAUUAACAGACUUAGUGAAUUUGCUAUUAAAUACAAAGAUUUACCAGUUUUAGGUUGGACCCAUUUUCAACCAGCUCAAUUGACUACUUUAGGUAAGAGAGCCACUUUAUGGAUUCAAGAGUUAUUGUGGGACUUAAGGAACUUUGUUAGAGCUAGAAAUGAUAUUGGUUUACGUGGUGCUAAGGGCACAACCGGUACCCAAGCUUCCUUUUUGUCUCUAUUCCAUGGGAACCAAGAAAAGGUUGUCGGUUUGGAUAAAAGAGUUACUGAAUUAUUGGGGUUCGAUAUUGUCUACCCUGUGACCGGCCAAACCUAUUCCAGAAAGAUUGAUAUUGAUGUUUUGGCUCCAUUAGCUUCUUUUGCAGCUACAGCUCAUAAAAUGGCUACUGAUAUUAGAUUAUUAGCCAAUUUGAAAGAAGUUGAAGAACCUUUUGAAAAAUCACAAAUAGGUUCUAGUGCUAUGGCUUAUAAAAGAAAUCCAAUGCGUUGUGAACGUGUGUGCUCCUUAGCCAGGCAUUUAGGUUCCUUGUUUAGCGAUGCUGUUCAAACUGCUUCUGUUCAAUGGUUUGAAAGAACUUUAGAUGACUCUGCCAUCCGUAGAAUAUCUUUACCAAGUGCCUUUUUAACCACUGACAUUUUGCUAACUACUUUGUUAAACAUUUCUUCUGGGCUAGUCGUAUAUCCCAAAGUUAUUGAAAGAAGGAUUAAGAGCGAAUUACCAUUUAUGGCCACAGAAAACAUUAUUAUGGCUAUGGUUGAAAAAGGUGUUUCCAGACAAGAGGUUCAUGAGGCUAUCCGUGUCUUAUCUCAUCAGGCCGCCGCUGUAGUUAAGGAAGAAGGUGGCGAUAAUGAUUUGAUUGAACGUAUCAAGAACGAUCAGUUUUUUAAGCCAAUUUGGGGCGAAUUGAACUCUUUAUUGGAUCCCUCCACUUUUGUUGGUAGAGCUCCACAACAAGUUGAAAACUUUGUUUCUCAUGAUGUCGCUAAAGCAUUAGAACCAUUUAAAAGUCAAAUUAAUGACACUCAAGUUAAGUUGAAUGUAUGA